AAGAUGCUCUGCUGGAAGCCGCGAAGGUCAACAACGUUUCGGAAGUCAACAGGUUGUUGGUGGAAGGCGUGGACGUGAACGCGAGGCACAGGCUCGGCUGGACUGCUCUCAUGGUGGCAGCCAUCAGCAGAAACUCCAGCGUGGUGAAGAUCCUGCUCGCAGCUAAUGCAGAUCCAAACCUCGGAGAUGAUUUCAGCAGCGUGUAUGAGACUGCCAAGGAAAAAGGCCUCCAUUCUUUGGAAGUCCUUGUGACCCGGGAGGACGACUUCAACAACCGCUUGAACAUCCGGGCCAAUUUCAAGGGCUGCACAGCUCUGCACUACGCCGUGCUGGCUGAUGACUACCUGACGGUCAAGCUGCUGCUGGAUGGAGGUGCCAACCCCCUGCAGAAGAACGAAAUGGGACAUACGCCCCUGGAUUACGCCCGGGACGGGGAGGUCAUGAGCCUUCUGAAAGCCUCAGAGACGAAGUUCCAGGAGGAGCAGCGCAGGAGGGAGGUGGAGGAACGCCGGAGGUUUCCGCUGGAGCAACGGCUAAAGGAGCACAUCAUCGGUCAGGAGAGCGCGAUAGCGACGGUGGGAGCAGGUAGGAGCCCUCACCCACC